AUGAGCUUCCUCCAGUUCUUCAGAAACAAAUGGUCUUCCUCGCGAAAUAACCUGCCGUUCACUUCAUGUGACCUCUCCGGGAGAACCGUGAUUAUUACAGGAGCAAAUACAGGCCUCGGACUCGAUACUGCCAAAGAGAUGUACAAGAUGAAACCCAAGAAACUCAUUCUGGCCGUACGGAGCAUGGCGCGAGGGGAACAGGCCAGGAAUGAGAUCCUGAAUUAUGGCAAAAACCCGGAAGAAAAGACGGACGCAUCUCCGGGGAACGUUAUCGAAGUUUGGGAGCUCGACAUGGCAAAGUUUGAGAGCGUCAAAGCAUUCAUGUCACGAUGCGAAAAGGAGCUCGACAGGCUAGAUAUCCUUCUUCUCAAUGCUGGUGUUUCCCCAUGGACUCAUUACAAGUCUACGAGCGACGGAUGGGAGACAACAGUACAGGUCAACGUACUUUCUACAUUUUUGCUUGCAAUCUGCCUCGCGCCGCUCGUAGUAAAGACUGCUCGCCUCCCUGCCCCAACCGAGGCUCUUAGGCCGCAUCUCGUGGUCGUCAGCAGUGAGGUCCACACCAAUGCCGUUUUCAAGGAGCGAAAUGCCCCAGAGAUUUUCAAGGCAUUGAACAACGAAAAGACCUACGAGUAUGGGGAUCGAUAUAUGGUCACCAAGCUCCUCGAAAUCCUGCUUGCCCGGCAGUUGGUGACUGAACUCUUGCCCAAACUGCUUUCAGACUCGACCGGAGAUGGAGCCCACGAGGACGCCGUGGCUGGAGAAAAGUCAAAGUUUGUUGUCUGCACCGUCAAUCCCGGCUGGUGUCGGACGACCUUGCUCAGGGAUUACCCAUCACUGAUAGCGAGAGUAAUGAAUGGAAUCAUGGCCCGAAAACCUAUAGAGGGCGUCAAAUGUUACCUGUGGGCCUGCUUUAACAACGACAUCCCUCUCGGUGGCUUUUCGUCAUUCUGUGCUGUAGAAAGAGAGUCAGAUUUCGUAUACUCUGACGCUGGGAAGAAGAUACAGCAGAGGGUCUGGGACGAACUCAUCGACAUCCUUGCCGACGUUGAACCUCGAUUGACAUUUAUGACCUGUAAUUGGCGAUUUGUGGAAGAAGAGAACUGGGACGACGACUUCGAUUUCGAGUCCUCAGCGGGUUCUCCGGUACAAGGUGCACGACCGCGGAGCGGAGCCCACACGCCGCCAAAUCUAUCUCCUGGUGCCGCAGAUCGACACCGGAAUGAACGGUUAUCAAAGGAGAGGAACAGAAAGAGUGAUGCUAGUCUUGAUUGGGACGAUGAGGAUGAGACAAUCAACUUUCGGGGUUUCGCUGCUCAACAUCAGCAACCACCUUCGACGCCGAAAGCUUCGCGGAUCACACCUGGUGCUGCGCACACUCCGAAACGUCGAUCUGCGUCUUCCGACUCAAGCGAGCCGCCCUGGGAUGAGGAGGAAGAGGUCACACAACCACGCUAUAUCAAUGAUGUCGGAGCUCUACAAACAAUAACGGAGGGUAAAUUGUCUAUGGCUGACAGGGCACAUCCAAAUCAAGCACCGCAAACCCCUCCGCGGCAGGGCGCAGCUCAACUACCUGCGGACAACGCGACUACACCUUCUAAAUCCGAAUAUACUGCAAACGAAAGUACGACGGAUGCCAGCAGUGUCGCAAUGUCCGACUCGUCUGCAGUUCUGCAGUCCGAUGCGUCAGUCUCCGCAUCGAGCUCUUUCUUUGGAAGGCUUGGUCGACGACUAUCCAAGGCUACGGCCCCAUCGUUUACGCACUCUACUGUGGCAUCCCCCACCACCGAGACGACUUCAACGAGCACAUCUUUCACUGCACUUUCUCCUGCCCCAUCUUCCAACGCGCUAUCUCCUAAACAGUCUGGUCCCAGUCCCUCUCGAUCCCGGACCAACUUCAUCUUCGGUGGAAACCUGCUCAAGCGCAGCGAAUCCUUGAGCCGAGCCUCCAACUCCGCGGUAACGUCGAGCACGGAUGCUAAACCGAAGAAGAAACAAGAUCCAAGCGACAAUAUCCCAAACUCAUACUCUGGGUUUGGUUUAGGUGUCCAUGUUCCGGGAGUCGAAGGCGGAAGUCAUACUGCUCCAGCGGAGUUUAACGCCCAGCGGUAUACUGAGCGGAUCGUUCCACCAGUCCCUUCCACGCGUCUCCCAUCUCACGCUAGCAGUCGAAGUAUGGCGCCAGGAUGGGGGCGUCCGCCGAGUCCAACUCGUGAAAGUCGCAAGGGGAAGCAUGCAAGCAUCGGUGGUGCUUCGAUGCUCACAGAUCUCUUGCCCAAGAAUAAAGGCACAACUGCGACAGCUGCCAGUCAUGAAGGUCAAGAUGGAUCCGAAGGCGCCCCAGGAUUCUUUUCCUCAAUGAGAAAGCGAUCAAACCCUCUGCAAGUGGCAUCGAAAGUUCCCCAGAGCGCCAUGGUAUCCCCCCUUCCGCCAUCUGAACCAAGAAAAGAGUCAAGUACAAAUCCUCUCGGCGAGGCGACCAAGGGCGAAGACAAAUCUGGGAUGACAUCCUACUCUCAGCGCCCAAGACGCUCACACCGUCGAAAUAUCAGCACAGGGGCGAUGAUCACGAGCGUGAUUGACGAAGUUAGCUCAGAUGCUACAAUCUCGAACAAGUUGACCGCCUUUCGUAAUCGUUCCACGGCCCAACGGAGUAGUCUCAACAACUCCACCACGGCUCAAGAGUUUCGCCCGGUCACCCCUCCUCCGCGCCUUUCCACGUCCUCUGGCUCGGGAGCAUCGCUGGGUGCGGUCUCUCCUAUCGAGUUCAGUCGAUCAAGCGAGGAUUCUGUAGACACCAAUAAACGGACCAAGUCCCCUGUUUUCGCCUUUCCGCCCUCGCUCAAGAUUCGGCCUGUUCCAUACCAGGUAGAUCGAAAAGAUGCUCCGGAAUCUCCAACUGCUAGAUCUUCCACAGCAGCACUCCUUCCGCCCAUCGAGCUCAAGGCCUCGCCACCAAAGGAGGGAGGCCUCGGUGUCUCUAAGCAUCCCAGAGAGGCAUCCACAUCGAGCGAGCGAAUUGCGAAGAAGCUGGAACCGGAUAAUGACUUGACGCCGGUUGCUGUCCCGCGCAGGCGCAUUCAUCAUCUUCAUAUUGGGACAGGUAAUACUCGUCCGGUGCCGAGCCAGGAUACGCCGAAGGCUCGAGUUUCGAAUGAGGAAGAGCCCUCGGCGUUGGCUGCAAGUGGGUCUACUGUACUCUCGGUUUCGAACAGCAACUCGUCCAAGACGCUUGCUCCUCGUUCUACGGUGGCUGCGAACAAGCAAUUCGAGUCGCUAAAUGGGCGAGCAUCUCCUGGGAUCAGCGCGUCUCUUGGUCGCUUGGCUGGUAGUUCGACGGCCGAGAAGUUGGAUGACACACAGGCAGGAGGUGCCCGCUCAAGUGGAGUCUCCCGUAGGAAUAGCUUGACUGGUGGUACAACGCGUGCGACCCUUUCGUCCACAACGUCAGGAGGCGGACUCAAGAUUCCAGCGCGAAUACGUCAGACACAGGACGCCCUCAAACGAGAUCUCAAUGCAGUCCGAGAAUUUGCUCUUAGCAUCGAUGAAAUCAAGCGGUUACAGUUGAAUUACGACAUGGUGCUUCUCGAUGUCAAACAACUUUGCGGCUUUGAUACUUCGGCCUCUGAUGUAGGCGAGAUGUUCAAGGCGAAUACGUCCACCUCCGCGUCUCAUCGGGGACCCCAUCCUCGCCAAGGAGUUAAGAACGAAGAUCUUUCUCAACCUCCAACACCUUCCUCGCCUACUUUCUCUCAUGCCAUAAGCACUGAGCGAGAUCGUCGCAUUAUUGCUGUUCCAGAAGUUCAACCCAAAACCCAAACGAACGAACCAACUUUCAUCCCGCUAGAGCAGAAGGAGCAAGCAAAAACGUCCCUGCUCGAACUGGAUGCCAAGUUUGCUAUCUGGUGGGAGUGCGCGGAUCUGCUGAUUGAACUGGGAGGUGCGGCACCGCCCGCCGUUGGAGGCACUCCAGUAAAGUCGCCAACUAUGCCCGCACUCAGGCGGCCUACUGCUGGGUUCGGGGAUGCUCAAGCAACUCCCAGAGCGAGCCCAAUGCAACCAGUGCUCGCACCGGAAGAGCUGUCCCCUCUUGCGACGUAUGAAACGCAUCAACCCUCCUUGCAAAGUCUUGCAGAGCCUAAUGCGAUUGGAUCUCUUUCGAAAAGACGCAAGUCGACCGGCCAGCAGGAUCUGAAUGCUCGUCAAGUGCAACUGCUGAAAGGCAUGUUGAACACACCGAAUCCCAAAGAGCUCUCAUCGACAUUCGAAACUCAAAUGUCACAAGAACCGACAUUUUCCUCCCUCUCUCCCGUCAUCAGCAAUCCUCCAUCGACGAUUCGGACCAUGGAUCAUCCCACCACGGAGUCUGCAGAUCAAAAUGGGCCACCAUUGGGGGAUAUUGGCACGACCAGGUCAAAUGAAAGGGAGAAAAAGCGGGGUCGGAGGGUCAGCGCGCUGGUGGGCAAGCUUGGAGUCAAGGAGAUCUUGGCCGGCUUGAAGUGGGCAAAGGAGAAAGCGAUGCAGCGUCCUAAGCAAGCGCCGGCGCAACCUUUCUCGGCCCCUCGAGAUAGCAUGGACGCGAUGCAAGGGGAUGAUGUCCCUCAGUCCGAUGUUGAACCAGUCACCAGCAAUUCUCAAGUCUCACUUUCUCAGACUGGUGCGAUAUCACGGGAUAAUCUCAACGCGACAAGUACUACACACUCGACUGCGUCGCCACCAUCUGGAGGUCAACCACCCUCGCCUUAUAAGCGUAGCCGCAGGAGAUCACUGGCUUCCAUCUUCAAAUUUGGAGCCGGUACACAGCCUCGGGAUCGAUCCAUGAGUAGAUCUCAAAGCCGCGUCGACCUUACCUCACCGACCUUCCCAAAUGGCGACCACGGCGCCCAAUGGUACCCAGGAAACGCAUCCUCUCAUGAUAUUGACUCUGAGUGGGAUUGCAUCAACUCGCCGUCGGAUGUACCUGGGCGGAACGCAUUUGCACAUCAAUCGCAGUCGUCCAACCUGGACGUCGCAAGUACUGUUAGCGAUAAACGUGGUCGAACAGCACCAGUGGGAAUUCCAAUCUCUAAUCGGUCUCGUCGUGGUUCAAGGGCUGGGGGAGAUAUGUCAGCCUCACAACAUGCGUAUAGCUCGGCGUCGGCAAGUGUUGCAUCGCUUGCUGGUUCGUCUAUAUACGGGAGCGCAGCCAGUCAUCAGUCAUUGCACGAGAGUUUUGGUGGGCGCAGUUAUACGGAUAAGAGCGAGGACGAAAGACGUCGGUUACGGAAACCUCCGAGCAAGACACCACGACGACCACCUUCAGCUGGCGGGCGCAGAUCUCGACCUUCGUCCUCGUCUGGCUCAGCCGCUCAGAUCAUGAGUCCGACACCGUCUACUACGAUGCCUGCUGGGCUAGAUCGUUCGUAUCAUACGAGCCGCUCGGUAUCUGGCCAGUCACACGUCAAAGUGAAUGGGACGUCGUCGAUGCGGGCUGCGGGCGUACCCUCCUCUGUGAGCUCGGGAGAUCUUUCGCAGCCAAAGCUGGCGCUUACGCCGGACAAUAUUGUGCCGCUCCUCAUCUAUGCUCGAGAAGUGAAACACAAGAUUGCAGAGUGCCUGAUCCAACUCAAGUCACUCGAGUCGGAUUUACUUCUUUCGAUCCCUGGGGACUGGAACCGAGUUGCAUGA